CCUGCAUUCUGCAAGUUUGUUUUUGUUUGUUUGUCACUAUGACAAGUUUAAUCGUAAACUUUUAUUUAAAAAGCUAUGAAUCUAAGUGUUCCUCUGCAAGCUAAUUCAGAAGUUAAGAAGAAACUAUUUAAAUUAAAACCUCUCAGGAGAGAUGGAUUAAUGUUAAAUAUUCAUUAUUCAAAGUCAAAUGCGAAAAUAAGGUUUUUCCAUUGCUGUUUUCAUGAAAAUGGCAAUAUUUUAGCAUCAGCAGAUAAUGACGGAGAUAUUUAUAUCGUGGAUUUCUUCUUUUGUAAAUUUUGGAGCCUUCCAAAACUAGCUUCUUGUACAUUCAUCCAGUUUUCUUCAUUUAAUCAAAGCGAUAUACUUACUGGAAAUCAGAAUGGUGACAUAUAUGUGAUUGAUUUCGAUUCAGGGCAAGUUUCUGGAAAAUUAGAAGGACACAAACUUCCUGUAAGCAGCAUCUCUUUUGCACAGAAAAUUUAUUGUUUAACCGCUUCACAAUAUGAGGCUAUAAUUUGGGAUUUGCAAACAAAUACUAAACUGCAAGUGCUUUCAUUGGACAAAAACUGCAUCUUAAAAUAUGUGGGGUUUAUUCCAAUUUCAAAUAAUAUUUUGGCAUGUUUUAAGGACGACUUGAUUCAGAUUUGGAAUCAUGACAAAUUUGAAUCCAUUAAACAAUUUUUUCCAAUUACUUGGAAUAAUUUUUCUGUGAAAACUGUAAUAUUUUCUAGAAAUGGGCAGGUGAUGAUAGUUGCGGGUUAUUUACCAACUUUGGCAAUAUUUCUUCUGGAUAAAUGGAAGUUAGCAAAGCUCGUUACUUUACCGGAAUAUGUCCACACGAUAAAAUCUGUACAGUUUAUUGCACAACCAUUUGAUGGUGGAUGCAAUAAAAUCUUAGCUAUACUCUCCGGUCAAGGAAUAGUCUAUUUUUAUGACAUCGAGCAAAACAUAAUUUUAAGUGAAUUAACACCAAACUGUCAAAUAAAAAAAAUUGAAUGUAGUCCAAACGGAACUUAUAUUGCUUGUGUAACGUGUGGUGGUGAGGUUGAAUUGUAUAAUUUGAACCAGUAUGUCAUGCCACCGGCAGAUGUGAAAGUCGAAAAAGCUAAAAAAGUCGGUGGUAAGAUAAAACUAAAGGAAUGUAAAGAGAAAGUUGAAGCUGUAAAAAAUGAGAUAAAUGAUAUGUUGGAUACCGAAAAAUUGAAAGCCAUAUUGAAAGAGUUUGGUGAAUAUCCUGAAGUUCACAGAUUAAAAAUAUGGGAGAAACUUUUAAAGUUACCAAAUAAUGUACAACAAUACAAUAGUGUCAUAAACCAUACUACCAUAGUAGCAUUUAAGGAUUUGUAUGCUAGGUAUCCCUUAGAAAACCAAACGUCCAUAAAAUGCCUGAAAAAGCUACUGAACAAUAUUGUGACUUGGUGUCCCUUCUUUGCCAAUGUGGAAUAUCUUCCAGUAUUUGCUUUUCCUUUUGCAAAGGUCUUUCAGAAUAAACCCGUUGCUUGUUUCGAAGCUCUUUGUACAAUAAUAUUGAACUGGUCCCAGCAUUGGUUUGAAUACUAUCCUCUAGCACCAGUAAACAUAUUAGCUAUGAUUGAAAACGUUUUUAUGGAACACGAUCCAGAAUUACUCCAUCAUUUUUCGUGUCAGAACAUUACUUCGAAUUUAUACGCGUGGCCACUACUAGAAACUGCCUUCUCGGAAGUUUUAACAGCCAGGGAGUGGUUACAGUUUUGGGACCAUGUCUUAACCAGCGAGCCAUCUUUUUUACUAUGUGCUGUUGUCUCGUAUAAUAUUUUGCACAGAGACAUUUUACUUUCCUUGAAAACCACCUCGAACGUUGAAUUUUUCUUCCAUAACCAGAACCCGAACAGCACAAGAAAGUUCUUACAAAAAACGUACCAUAUUUUAAAUCAUACGAGUGAGAAGAUGCAUCCUCGGCAGUAUCUUGAAAAGUUCAACAGUAUCGAAAUUGGAAACUAUCCAUUGUUUGUAGAGUACCCCAAAACGACAGUGGACGUAGAAAUGGAGCAAAUGAAGCGUGUAAAUAAUCAACUUGUGAAUAUGGAAACUUAUGAGGCAAAUUUAAUGCAACAAGUUAAAAAGAAAUGGGAGGCUUGUGAAUGUGAGAAAAUGAUAGAAGAGAAAAAAAGGAAGGAAGAAAUGAAACAAAUUUGUUUGGACAAACUAAAAUCGGAGGUGGAAAAAGUAAAAACAAAACGUGAUGAACUGCACUACCUGAAAAAAAUGCUAGGAGAUGCAGAACAGAAAAUAUUUUCAGAAACCCGUAAAACGUUGCCUAGAGGUGAUCAAAAGCUACUCCCUCCUUGUGGUCAGUGUUGGACAAAUUUGCAGGAUGAUUACAUUAAAAGAUAUGCAAAGCUCCUGAAGUACAAAUUCCGAAUUCAAGAAUUUGUGGACUUGGAUGACAUCAGUAUUAGCAGUACUGAUAUGCAGCAGUUGAAGAAGUAUAAGAGAAAACUGGAUCAUGAAAUUGAUAAGGUCAAACAAUCAUUGAUGUCACCAGAUAAAGUGAAGCAGUUAAACCUGGCCACAAACAUUGUUGCUGUGGAUAACUUAAUAAAGAAUGUUGAGAAACAGUUAGAACUUGAUUCUGACUCUUCUAGAAAAGCAAAUGUCGAUUCAAGGCUGCAAUUACUCCAAAAGGAGACUAAAGACCUAGAGGAAGGUGUAUCUAAAUUACUGAAUACACUACGUAAAAGCAAGAGAUUUAGGAAGUCUUCACGUGAGUCUCGGAAGGAAUCAAGGCUGUCAGAUCACAAAGAAGAUAAGUCGUCAUCUGACGGUUAUCAGAAAACAGUUAGAUUUAGUGAAACAUCCUAGCUUAUACUUUUUUAUAUUCAUGUGUCAUAUUUUCCUUUCAGAAUUUAAGAAAAUUCUGUCUCGAUUAAGUAAAGUUAUUUGUACGAUACAGGAGCAUAUUGUCUGCUUGUAUUUUCACUUUUAUUCUGGCACAUUUAAACUUAUAAAUUAAUUUUCAAGCCAAAAAAAUCAUAAAAAGAUUCGUAACAACAAAGAAGAAUGAAGUUCAAUUAAUUAAUUUUUAUAAUUAUACAGGGUGUUUCAAAACAUCUACCAUCAUUGUUCCAUUCCUUUAAACAAUUGCUUAAAGUGUCAGUGUGGUCAAAUUAAGGAAAAGCUCUUUGGAUACAUUUAAAACACACAGACUGUCCCGAUUUACAUGCGUACAGGCCGUUAACCUGAUAAGAAAAAAACAAAUGAAGCUCAAAUAGUUUUUACCAGAUAGGCCCUAAAAGCAUGCACAUGUUUAGAAUCUGUAACUCCCUCAAAUGGCUGAUGCUAAAGAAUUACAUCUAUAUUCUCCAUACACCAAAUGCAUGUUGCGCUAAUUCCUUAAAAUGGUACUGAUUAUACAUCAUGCCAAAAAUUAGUAAAGUUGUUUUGGUAUGUUGCGACAAUUAAAAAUUUUGUCGAUUUAUACUGAAUCCAAAGAAAUAUACUUUUUCGCAUUAAUCGACAUACUUCUGCCGUUUUUUUAUGAGCACAUAGUUUUACAUCAAUUUUCUGGAAAAUGUACAUUUUAUCGAUUCUUUACCCUUUUUUGGGGCAUUGCAAAACCAUUGGGACGUUGAAAUUUUUACUUUCUACAUAUUUUUUCUUUAAUUAUACCCGUCGAAACUAUCUGCAACCGUCACUGCUGUUGGAAAUAAGUUUUUUUAAAACAUGAAUGGGGCACCCUGUAUAUUGUAAAUGAAAUACUUAAAAAUAGGCUCUGUCUCUCAGAGCAGCUAAAUAAAAACGUUUUGAA